UUGGUGCAUUAUUCUAAGCCCCCAAAGAAUACUACUAGUUUUGAGCCUGCAGAAUUCUUGAGGCUCUCUCAUUCUCUGACAUUGCAGGCCAAAAUGGGGAACUCAAUGACAUGCUUCUCCCCAGCACCAACGAAGCUGAGCACCAACUUGUCAAGAAGACCCUCCAAGAGGUCACCCUACUCUUCACCUUUCUUUGGCUCCUCAGCCAGUACUAGAAGAACAAAGGGCUCCCCCAAAAAGGUACAGACCCUUGAAGAUGAUCUGAUCCUUCAGCAACAAGCUAUCGAGGCAGUUCUGCUGUUCCAGAACCACCAGAAGAACAAUGGUUCAUUACCGCAGACCUUCAACCGCUCCACCUCCGUGGUGUUUCCGGCUCCUUCUGGACCAAAGAAGAAUCAGGGCUUUACUAAAAGCUCCAGCUCCAGGCAGCCUUUGGGUUCUGAUACUCUCUUUCAGCCUCUUGAGCUUGUUGACAAGCAGGAUGUGAAGAUUGAAGGUCUGGAAACGAAUCAUUUCGUACUUGUUCAUGGAGGUGGGUUUGGUGCUUGGUGCUGGUAUAAAACAAUGACACUUCUGGAAGAAAGUGGGUUCAAAGUUGAUGCAGUCGACUUAACUGGUUCUGGAAUCCACUCAUUCGAUACAAACAGCAUUACUAGUCUUGCACAAUACGUGAAGCCACUUACUGAAAUCCUUGAAAAUCUAGACGAGGGCAAAAAGGUCAUUUUGGCUGGACAUGAUUUUGGUGGUACGUGUAUCUCAUAUGCAAUGGAGUUGUUUCCGUCUAAAAUUGCAAAGGCCAUCUUCAUAUCUGCAGCAAUGUUAACCAGUGGGCAGAGUACUCUUAAUCUGUUUGCUCAACAGACAAGCUCGAAUGAUCUGAUGCGACAGGCUCAGGUAUUCUUGUAUGCAAAUGGGAAGGAUCAGCCUCCUACAGCUAUUGGUCUCGGCAAAAAAUUUACUGAAGACUUGUUGUUCAAUCAAAGUCCAGCAAAGGAUGUUGCAUUAGCAUCAGUAUCAAUGAGGCCAAUCCCUUUUGCACCAGUCACUGAGAAGCUCUCUCUUUCUGACAAGAAUUACGGAUCUGUUAGGCGGUUUUUCAUAGUCACACAAGAAGAUCAUGCCAUAAGUGUUGCACUACAGGAGGCAAUGUUAGAAUCAAAUCCGCCGGAACAGUUUUAUCGACUAAAAGGCUCUGAUCAUGCACCUUUUUUCUCAAGGCCUCAGGCUUUGCAUAGGAUAUUAGUAGAGAUAUCCCAGGUUCCACCUAUCUGAGUUGAGCUUCAAUUACUUACCAGAUACAUAUAGCAAUUUUAUAGUCCAGCACGUAAAAGGCUUCAUUGUACGUAUAUACCAGUAUAGAGUCUUAAUUAAGGCAUCAAAGUUUAUAUAAAAUGUGUUUACUCUCGAUUGUCACAC